AUGCCGGAUCCAGAACUAGCACGUCUCUCCUGCGAACAACGACGACUCCGUCUAGCCAUCUACAACGACCGUGCGCUGGACGUCGAUUACCUCCGCCGCCGACGCAACCACGUACUUCACAAAAUCAGGGAGCGCAGCAGACACCUUGCUCGCACUUUCAUUGACGAGAAACUAACCGCCAUAGACCGCUCUAGCCAUUCGGCUAGGAUGUUCCAGGCCACGCGAGUGCUGCUUCGACAGCGCUCACCACUAACGUCUCUAUGUGACUCCACAGCACGGGCGCAGAGAUUCAGGGAACGGUUCCACAUACUGGGGAUCGAUCUCUCCCGUGCUUUUGACACAAUCAACCGCGACAAGCUCCUUCUGGUUCUCGAGUCGAUUGUCAGCAGCGAUGAGCUUCGCCUGAUCCGACUACUCCUACAAGACACCAAGCUCGCCCUCCGAUUCGGCAACGACUUGCUCUCUCCGUUUGAGAGCAACACAGGUACCCCCCCCAAGGUGACUCACUCUCCCCUGUUCUUUUUGUUGUUUACCUCGAAGCAGCCUUACGCGAUCUUGCCGGCCAACUUGACGUCCCCCACGACCUCCUCGCGGACAUGA